AUGCUAAAAUCAGGCAUGGAAAUUGAGGAGAAAAAACAGGUGAAAAGAACAGCACAGGCCAGCUCCCGGAAGGGAUGCAUGAGAGGCAAAGGAGGUCCUGAAAAUGCCAGUUGCACCUACAAAGGUGUGAGACAGAGAACCUGGGGAAAAUGGGUUGCUGAAAUCCGUGAACCCAACCGAGGUGCAAGACUCUGGCUCGGGACAUUUGAAACCUCUCAUGAUGCUGCUUUGGCUUAUGAUGCUGCAGCACGCAAGCUUUAUGGCCCUGAUGCCAAACUCAAUUUACCAGACCUCUCUCUGUCCUCAAUAAAAUCAUCUCAAUCACAAUCUCAGUGUCCACCACCACCUCCUGAUACCAGCACUCAAAUUCCUCACACGGAGAACCUGCAACAGCCUCAAAUGCAAAACAAAAUAGACAUGACAACUUCUUCUAAUUUCAAUUUUAAUCCUGCAGUCUCCAUGGCCUCUCAGGAAGUUGGAAUUACUCCAAUUUACACCAGUGACUGCAUUGUGUCUCUUCCCAUGGACACCAAUCCUAAACCAAUUGAAACUUACACAAAACCUGUGGAGAUCGAGGGAGAGUUUUGUCCAUCUUGGGACACAAUGAAUGAGGGUUUACCUGUUUUUGAUGAUUCUAUCUGGGCUGAAGCUGCUAUGUCUCUAGAUUUUUCUCUAAUUCCAGAAGAGACUGAGAUUUACACACAGGAGAACAACUUGGCAGAUGUGAAUACGUGGGACCCUCAAACUCCAUGGUGCAUGUAA